AUGGACGCCGACACAUUCUCUACACCAAUCGGCAGUUAUGUCUUAUGCCUAGGGGCGUGGGGCUUUUUGGAAAGCGAAUCGAGCGAUGGGACGCGACAUCAUCUGCUUUCCCACGCUCGGCGGUGAGCAUGGCGGCGGCCAGUCGCUGCUCGUUGGGCCACCAGAAGAUGCACCUCCCACCGAUCUGGGCCGCGGACGCUUGGCGGGCGCGCUGGCUCGUCGGCAGCGCUCGGCGCUGGUGGCUCUGGCCUGCCCCGACCUGCCGUCGGCCCUGUCCGACAGCGGCCUGCACCUGCAGGCCCAACAGCGCGCCCGCUGCGCCCUGGGCCGCCAUGGGCGCGCGUGCGUGUCGGGCUACCGCCCGCACCUGCGCGCCGCCGCCACCGCGCGCGCCGUGAUGGCCGUGCACGCGGGCCUGGCGACGGAUGAGGCCGCGGCGGCGAAGGAGCGUCAGGAGGCCGAGCUUUUGCAGUCAGAGCACGAUCAGUGGGGUAGAUUACUUACAGCGGCGUAUACUUACACCAAGUGCUGCGAUACGUACGCCGUGUCAACCGAGCAUCACACCCCCGACGUGCUACGGGCUGUUGGUCGAGCGCUGUCAGCGUUGGUGGGCGCCAUCGCCUUCCUGGACAGCCGCGCAGUCGCGACGUCGUUACGGACAAACUGGCAGACAGCUGCGGCCGCGGCGGCGGUGGAGGAGCGGCAGCACAUGUCGGCGUGCGGCCCUGUGACGUGCCCACGGCCGGAUGGCGUGCUGUUGCCCUCGUGGCUGCUGGCGCAAGAGGCGGCGCGCAUGCUGCCGGCCCGCGCCGCGCUGCUGCUGCACUGCCAUGCGGUGCUGGCGCGGCCGAGAGUGGACUACGGCGACCUCCUUGACGUCGAGGACUGCCUGCCGGCGGCGCUGACGGCGCAGUUGCGACCACACGGCCGCGACACAGAGCCGGCGCCCGCCGGCCGUACCCCCGGGGGCCACAUGCUGGCGGCGGCUGCAUUGGCGGACGGGCUACUGACAUACUGGGGCAUGGCACGCACGGGUGCUGACGGCGGCGGCAGCGGUGCACAGGCAGCCGGGCCGCCGCCGACGACGACGACGCCGCUGCUGCUUCUGAGCUCCGAACUGGCCGUGCUGGCGAGUGUGGUGUCGUCUGCACAGAUUCUGCACUUGCGGAUCGCGGCCAGCGUCGCUGGUGCCAACACAGUCCCGGAGGCCGCGCUGGCGGCGGUGACGCGGCCGGCGGUGCUGCUGUGCGUGGCACAUUGCCUCAGCUCGGAGCUGCUGCACCGCGUGCCGGCGGGCGAGGCUCCAGACAUGCUGCAGCAGGUGCUGCGGCACCACUACCUGAACCACCUCACAUACGCCCUGUCGGAGGCGCGGCCGGGGCGUGAGGCCGCCGCAGGGGCAAGCGGCGGCGGCGGCGGCAACGCGGCGGCCGGCGGCGGCGGCGGCGGCGCUGCCUCCAGCGGGGGCACAGAAGCCGGGAGGGCGGCACUGGCCGGGCCGCUGCGGUCGCUGUACUGCAGCAAGCAGGACGGGAUUCAGGCGACCCUGAGAAAGAAUACGGCAGCGGUCGCGAUGGAGACGAGUCGACUGCAGGGCUCUUUCAAAGCCAGGGGCAGUGCGGCUACCGCCGCAUUGGUGGCGAGCGGCAGCGCGAAGGACAAGGCGCAAUUCAGAGCGCUGCUGGGCCGAGUCAAGGACGUGUGCAUGGAGGGGCGGAGGUUGCAGCGGCUGGAGAUUGCGGCGCGGGCGGGGAUGCAUCUCACAGAGGCCAUCUUUGAUGCGCCGUGGCCGUCGACGUCAACAGCGUCAGCAGCGUCAGCCGCGCCAGCACCAGCGCAGGCAGUAGCGGCGCCACGGUCGCGUCCGCCUGGCGUGGACACGGCAUCGGCACAGCUGUGGGAUCCCUCGCCGGAGCCGCAAGCACUCGUGAUGCUGUCGCACGUAGCUUCGGUGCACUUGCAGAUUGCGGCAGGUGAGGGGUAUGACACGGAUCCUUGGAAGGCAGACGCACAGUAUCGUGCCAGGUUUGCGUGGGACGCGUGCAUGUCGGAAACGCACAUGGCGCUGGCGCGGGCGAUGGUGGGCGCGCUGGCGCCGUGCUGGGAGGCCACGGCUGCGGCACUUGCCGCGGCGGGGAGUGACGCCGCGCCACCACCGGCACCUCUGAACCCCGGCCCCAGCCCCAGCCCCAGCCCCAGCCCCAGCCCCAGCCCCAGCCCCAGCCCCAGCCCCAGCCCCAGCCCCAGCCCCAGCCCCGGCCCCGGGCCCCACAGCUCGCUGGUGCUGCAGGGCUCGCCCGCCAUCUGCUACAGCCUCGCCCGCACCGCCGCAGUCAACUACGUACUGGACAGGGUGGCGCGGGGGAUGGCGGCGGCGGCGGCGGCAGAUGAGGCGGCUGUAGAAGGGCCACUGCCCGCAAGUGCGCCAGCGCGUGCUUUGGCCAUGGUAGACAGGUUCCAGCAGCUGCUGCCCCAGUACCAGCGCGUGUGUGGCUGGCCGCUGGUGAUGACGCUGUCGGGCAUUGGAGAGGAGCGGGCGCAGCACAAGUACAAGGUGUCGGCGGAGCUGCUGCAGCAGCUGGCAGAGAUGGCACUGGACCUGGAUGCGGGGGCGCUGUUGCGGCGGCAGACCUGCCUGGUCGCCACAUGGACCGCACAGCAGCAGCCGGAGCAGGGGGAGGCACUGCGCCCGCGGCAGGCGGGGGCGCAGGCGGGGGCGCAGGCGUUGAGCAACUGGGCGCCAGGACCGGGUGUUGCUGGCGACCCGGCGGCCCUUGCCGGGGCAGGAGGACUGCUGGGGCUGCCAGCAGCGGUGGCGCAGCGUUUGGCGGACGCCCCUAAACUUAGAAUCAGCAGAAAACGCGGCCACUCUGGGGAAGCCCUGGAGGCGGCCGUCCAAGAGGUGGAGUCCGCACUGCAGCGGCACCCGCUGCGGGCCGCACUGCUGCGGCCGGCCGGCGAGAACGCCACCACCGCCCUGGCGCUGGCCCUGGCGGGGCGCGCGCGCCGCCUGCGCGCCGCCGGUGAGCCGUCGUCGUCGCCGCCUCGCGGGCUGGUGGUGGCGCCGCUGCUGAACACAGCGGCCUUCGCAAGUACCAACGGCAAGCGCGACGCGAUGCAGAGUCUUCUGGACGCCUUGGCGGCGAUGGUGCUGCGGGACCUGACGGCGCCGGUGUCGCCGCAGCGGCUGCACCAGGCGGAGCCGGCACCUGGGCAGGCGCAGGAGCAGGCGGUGCAGGCGCAGGAGCAGGCGGUGCAGGUGCAGGCAUGCCAGGAGACAACGGACGUGGAGGGCGGGCACGGCGCCGCGUCGGUCACUGUUAGUCGCCAGCUGCAGCCUGGCUGGCAGGUCCGCCUGCCGCUGGCGCUGAACCGAGUGGUCUGCCGGCUCGCGGGACUGCCGCGCUCGGUGGUGGGCUGGGCGCCCUCAGACUUUGGUCGGCUGCCGCCACUUUCUGCGGUGUGGGCGUGUCAGCGGAUAGCGCUGGAGCUGGAGGGCGUCAAGUGGGCCGAAGAUGAGGCGGCUGCGCGGGCACAGGUGGCGGAGAUGAGGGCGGCGGAGGCAGCAAUCGAGGCCGAGGAAAAGGCUGCUGCUGCGGCGGCGGCUACGGCUUUCAAGGGCUCGGCGGCGGUGCUUGCGGGCGUAGCCUGUACGGCAGACACGGCCGAGUCUCAGGAAACCACAGGCGCGUUCGAUUGGGCUCGUGAUCCAGGCCCGGCGGGCCAGCUUUGUGAGGCCUUGUACAGUUUGCUGCAAGCGGGCGAGCCCGGUUUGGAGGCGAGCGCCGACCACGGCGACCCGGGUGGUGGCCCGGCCUUGUUCAGCGGCAUGCUCGUCGUCAAGUUGGACCCCCUGGACCAGCUGGUGCCAGCCGACUUGUCCAGCAGACCUCCACGCGAAAAGGAGGAGGAGGAGGAGCAGGGGGAGCAGGAGGAGCAGGGGGAGCAGGGGGAGAGCACAGGCCCCGAUGCGCAGCGGCAGCAGGAGCAGAAACAGGAGCAGGAAGAGAAGCAGGUGGUGCAACUGCUGGUGGCGGAGGCGCGGCUAGGUCGACAAAUGGAGCUGGUGGGGGCAUAGGGGCGCAGGAAAGCGGCUGUGCUGUUUGUGAUAUGUGAUGAGCCUCAGGCUCCAAAGCAUUUAUGGUAUGCGAGCGUUUGCCGACAUGUACACGGCGGUGUGUGACAGCCUGAUAGCGGGACCUAAGGCUAUUCGGCCACCCAGGACGUCAACCACGAGGCGUGUGUUGCAGGGUCUUUGGCCCAUGUGGGUUGGCUGCUUGCUUGUAACGUGCAGAUCCACUGAGCAUCAGUGCGGAUUAGCCCGGAAUCCAGGAAAGGAGUGCCUGCCGGAAGGUGGGGAUGGGGGAAGACUACGCCUGAGACGACCUUGUGCUUGGUCUGGCGGACCCAUCGGCAAUGCGUUUUCAGUCUGACCAUUCCGUUGUAAAUUUUGAAACAA